AUGAUUAUAACAGAUAUCUUAUCCCAUACCUGGUGCCACCUAUCCUUCCUCCUCGGUCUGCUCGGCAACAGCUACGUGGUAUACUCCACUGUGUGUCACAGAGCCAUUAAACUGGACAAACUCUCCAUCUGUAUAAUCCAGAUGUUAGCGGUAUCGGACCUCACCAACACUGUGCUCGUGUUAGUCCCUGUUAUCAUAUCUCUCUACGCGCGCAGCACCUGGAUACUGGGCCACACUUUCUGUGAGCUCUCCUUUGUUUAUAAGUAUCUGGGAUAUAUUGCUAAUGUGAUUCUUAUUAAUGCUCUGGCCUUUAACAAGAUGAUGAGAUGUUUGUUCCCAUUGAGGAACAUGAAUUGUUCCAGAACUCAGAGAUGGUCAGUUGCCAUGAUAACCGUCGUCGGCACCUUGAUGACCCCCAUUUAUCAUUCAUACAAGACAAGCUUAAAAGACCUGUUCUCUGUUCAGUUUUCAAGGUCCCAGUGCAUGUGUUGGAUGGUGCAGAUAGCAGAACCCCCUGGAUGGCACUAUAUCCUAGAUUACGGCUUCUCGGGCCUGCUCAACGCACUGCCAUGUCUCACCCUCAUAGGGAUAAACACAUUCCUCGUCUCAUACGCUGUUAAGAAGUCCACCCGGCCAGUCAACAAGAUGAACAUAGUGAUAGUUGUGCUGAUCACCGCUUCAUUCCUGGUGUCCAGCCUCCCUUACUUUAUCUACUACAUGGCGUCUGGUGACGUGUGGCAGGAUGAUGACGUCAUUCUGAGAUUCGUUACUUUUAUCAUGUUCACCAUGUUCUGGUCCAACCCUGUCAUCUACCUGGCUACCAACAAGUACUUCCGCAAGUUCACUGUCGGGUCGGUGAGGAGAGAUGCGAGGACUUCUAUUGGUCAGAACAUGAGCUUUAGGAAUUCUACGAGGAGAGACCCUCGUGCUUCUAUUGGUCGUACUGAGCUUUAG